GCAGCAUCAUUUUAUACAACAUUACCACAACCCCGCCCUGCUGUGACAUGCCCAUCAAAAACACACAAAUACGACCACAAAUACCCACCAGAGAUCAACACCCUCUACACAACGUCACCUAUUAACGAGAUCCGAGGCCCCCGGGAUUGCUACGUUACAUCUCCUAAACUACCGCACCUUGAGCCUCGCCCCUCCAGCCUUCUCAGCCUUAUAUCUUCAAGCCAAACCCAUGUUAUAACCUCUAUUCCUCUCCCCAAGCUGCUACCCCGCUACUCAAACACGAGCACAAGACCAAAACUCCGUCCAAUAUCACCAAUAUCACCAAAACCACCACCGAGACCCCCUCACCCACCCUCAAAAUGUCGGCCCAAACCGACUCCCCCCACCCCCUCCUCGACCGCCUCAACAAAGACGGCUUCGUCGUGAUCCCCUCCCUCCUCACCCCCGAAGCCCUCGCCACAAUGCGCACCGCAACCACCUCCGUCGACGCCCAGGCCCGCGCCGGAAACUGGCCCUACAUCCGCACUCUCCCCAAGCAAUUCCCCCCUUGGUCCGCCGCCGACCUCGACAAGGGAAUCUGGGGCGUUCAGCACCUGAUGCACCCCGAACUCCCGCCCUCCGCCCUCUUCGCGUCUUCCUACUUUAGUCCGCGCACUUUGGCUGUUGUGACGGAGCUUUUGCAGUGCGAAACUGAUGAUUUGGUUAUGGAGUUGUAUAACCUCCUCGUCCGACCUGAUCACCCUUUUGCGCUGCGAUGGCAUAGGGAUGAUAUUGCUCCCACUGCUACGGCGGAGGAGGAGACAGAGCGCCUGGCCAAACCGGCGUGGCACGCGCAGUGGAACCUGGCGCUAUACGACGACGCAUCUCUGAUUGUAGUCCCCGGGACGCACGCAAGGCCGCGGACGGACGCAGAGAGGACCGCGGAUGAGUACGAGGAUAACAUGCCAGGGCAGCUUAUUGUGCAGUUGAAGGCCGGGGACGCGGUGUUCUACAAUAAUAAUAUCCUGCAUCGCGGGGUGUAUGAUGCGGGCAAGGCGAGAGCAACGCUGCAUGGGAGUAUGGGACAUGUGAAGGGCGGAAGGGAUCGGGCGAGGAAUGUGCUGCAGCAUGGGUGUGGGGAGUGGGUUGACCAGGUUGAUUUUGGGGCUAUGGAGGGGAAGGAUAGGGAGGUGGCGGAGGGGAUGAGGAAGAGGCUUGUGGAGUUGGGGAGGGUGAGUGGGGAUAUUGGGUAUUCGCAGGUUGAUUAG